UGUGUAAAUAUCCCAUUAAAGGAAAAGUAAAGCAAACUCAAGACAGACAAUGAUCUGAGUGAAGACUGUUUAGUACGCUCUCUAUUUUUCUGUCUAGGUAGGGCUCUCAGUAGGUUUUGAGACAACCCUAGUGUGUGCAUGCAUGUCUGCUCUCUUAAAGCAUAACAACACACUGACUUCACUUAACAGAGCAACAUCACUCCUCAGCAUUUAAACGUUUAAGAAUCCACCAACUGGAAAGCGAAAACACAUUUUGUGCCUAUUAACACACACUUUUAGAGUUUAAACUACUACAGAAAUCACCCAGCAGAGGACAGACUGGGCUAGCUAGUGCUUUAGCUAGCACACAGACUCAUGGAGUGCCCUCACCUCAGCUCCAGUGUCUGUAUGACGGUGGAUCCGACCCGGUUCCCCAACGGUUCCCCUUCCUCAUGGUGCUGCUCUGUUUGCCGGUCAAACAAAAGCCCGUGGGUUUGCCUGACGUGUUUGAACGUGCAUUGUGGAAGGUAUGUAAACGGCCAUGCAAAAAAGCAUUUCGAGGAGAUUCAGGCACCAGGAGGCGGUCAAAGGAAGCCAGAGCGAGAAAAGUCGAGUGAGAAGAGUCAGCAGCACUCUGUGUGUAUGGACUGUAACAGUUAUAGCACGUUCUGUUACAGAUGUGAUGAAUUUGUGGUGAACGACACAAAACUAGGGCAUGUGCAGAGGGUCAGAGAACAUCUGCAGAGUUUGGAAAACUCUGUGUCUAAUACUGACAGACAGAGGAAGAGAAAACUGUCAGACAGUUCCUCUCCUGACAGCAAGCUGAAGAAAGACAGCGACAGCACCAUAGCACAGUGUGCCACGGGCCUCCGAAACCUGGGCAACACCUGCUUCAUGAACGCCAUUCUCCAGUCCCUGAGUAACAUCCAGGUGUUCAGCUGUUAUUUUAAGGAGCUGCCCUCGGUGGCCUUACGAAGCGGAAAAACGGCAGGAAGGAGAAUGUACCACACCAGAAGUCAGGGGGACAGCAGUGUGGGGCAGCGCCAGAGAAGUUUUGUCAUCUGGAAAAUCAUGCCAAGUUUCAGGGGUUACCAGCAACAGGAUGCUCACGAGUUCCUGCGUUACCUUCUGGAUCAUCUCCACCGAGAGAUGCAGGGGAGCAAGAACGGGUCGCCCAGUCCCACCCUGUCCCUGGACCAAGCCAAACACACCUCCGAGAGCAAAUGCUGCAUAAAUGGGACCUCCACUAUCGUUACAUCCGUGUUUGGUGGCGUCCUGCAGAACGAGGUGUACUGCUUGAUAUGUGGCACCGAGUCUCGAAAAUUUGAUCCAUUCCUAGAUCUCUCAUUGGACAUUCCCAGCCAAUUUCGAAUCAAGACCAUAAAAGACCAAGAGCCGAGGCCGACAUGCACUUUAAAUGAUUGCCUUUGGAGUUUCACAGACCUCGAGGAACUGGAUGAAACGGAGCUCUACAUGUGUCACAAGUGCAAAAAGCGACAAAAGUCCACCAAGAAAUUCUGGAUCCAGAAACUUCCCAAGGUGCUUUGUUUGCAUCUGAAGAGGUUUCACUGGACAGCGUUUCUGAGGAAUAAGAUUGACACCUAUGUAGAGUUUCCAAAGCGUGGCCUUGACAUGAAAAGCUACUUGCUAGAGCCUGAAAACAGCUUGCCAGAGAGAUGCCUGUAUGAUCUUGCUGCAGUAGUGGUGCAUCAUGGAUCUGGCAUCGGCUCAGGACAUUACACGGCAUACGGGCUUCACGAGGGCCGAUGGUACCACUUCAACGACAGCACGGUCACUCUGGUCAGUGAGGAGGCUGUGCUGAAAGCCAAGGCCUACAUUCUGUUCUACACAGAGCACACGGAUCAAGAGAGUCCAGCCAAGCUUUAAGACUUCCUCCAGAUCAGUUAUCGGACCUUCAUAUGUGUGCCGUCAUCUGUCUCUUGUCUUAUGCUACCCAGUUCUGAUUUUUUUGUGUCACAGAACCUCAAUACAAACCGAAUUGCUGCUUGCGUUUCGACUUGAUGACUUUUCGUUUAAUAGACUGUCCCAGUUUUUUGUCUUCAUCCGCCACCAGUGUGAAAUGAGAUUCCAAAGGCAAUUCUUCAGGGGAUUUUUGUCUGCCGAAUGAACUCAAAUUGACUGUAGAAACAAAAUGCUUUACAAUUGAUUUUUUUCCUCUCCUCACUGAGUGUUUUUCCGUCGUCUGAAAUGAUGACAGCUGUCACGUUUCUGACGACUCCUACUCACGCCAAUGAUCUGCUCGCUGCUCCAGGAAAAACCCUUUCUGUUCGGCUCGGAAAUGCAUUCUCGUCUCCUGAGCCUGCGGUUCAUUGAUCUAGGUUGAUGUGGAGGCGUUUCCGAACUAAAACUUGAAAUGUUUGAUUUUACGUGACAAAACAAGAUGUCGUCUGUAUCACAAAGCAGUAGUUGACUGCGAUCACCUCACUAAUGUGAAAAUGACUUUUGAAGGGUCCAGUAGCUCACGUGUCUUGUUUCCUUUACGCUUGAAAGUGUUUGACCAGAUGUACACUUUCUGUCCUUUUAGAAUUAAAGGGAUGCAGAUUGUGCAAAAGUUGGUUUGCGCGUUUAUUAUAUUAUUCUCAAAAUUAAAACGUAUGCAAUAAAUUAUUGUAUUUACUGGUCCAUUUUGCAGCUUAUGUUGGCCAAGACCUCACUUCACAAGU